AGCCGUCUUUUAUCCUUACCCAACUGCACCCAUGAUGCGCCCGACGAAAAUCUACGAACACCCGGAGUUCACCCUCGAAGAAGCAGACCUAUCACUAUUCUCCACCAUCUGCCUCAUCUUCACCAUGGUGCUUGCUGGUGCACUGUUUGUCAUGGCCAUUUCAUCGUUCGUACUAUGGAACGAGAGCUCAUACUUCUCAUCAGGGUAUCAACCCGCGUCAGUAUUCUGGGCAACGCAGCAAAGCAUACACACAUGAGCUAAAGGGUUUAGCUUACGGUAGAAGCGUCCGCGAUCCGAGACCGUUUCCUCCGAUAUAAGCUCAAACUCGAAACCCUGAGCUUAGCCUCCGCAAUAAAGCGGAUUGCCCCCGCCACCAUUGGCCUCAUAUCAUCUUCGGUGUAUCAAAACAAAUUUUGGAUUCUCCGGUUGUAACAGUAGACAGUGUUUGCAUCGGACAGGCAUGUACUAUAUUUCUAUAUGUAUUAUUAUUUUAGCUAGGCGCUGCUUUCCCUUCGCGCUCAAGUAGAUUUAGAUGCUUCUUCCUAUUGCUUUCGAUCGUCUAGAUAUAGGCUUCUUCCUUUACAAACAUGCUCAACCUCAUUGUUCAGACUCAAGCUCACACUCUUCCA